AUGGAAGAGAGGAUUUUUGAGUUCAUGGGAGAAGGAUUUGUUGGACUUCACUUUACGGUGGAGACAAAGCUGGAGUCUCUAGGCUCAAGGAUGAGUGAUAUUGAAAAGAACCAGCGGCUUUUGAGAAGAAGGGCUGAGAAAAUAGAAGACAUGCUAACUUCUAUUGAGAGUAAGGUGGAGCCAAGUCAUGGUGAAGACAUGGAUUUUCGACAGUGGGACUAUGGUACACAUGAAGAGAAUGACAGUGAGAGUGAGACUGAUGAGUUGAAGAAAUUGAAGGAGAGAAGUAGAGCACUAGCUGAUAAACUGUGGAAGGAAAUUGAAGCGGUUGAAGAAGACGUUGGAGGGAAACAGGAUGAAGAAGAAGGUGAAGAGAAAGAGGCUGAUGACAAUGCUCAGCAAGAGGGUGAGAAGGAGAAGGAAAAUAGUGAGGCUGAUGAGCAAGACAAAGAAGACAGUGAGAGUGAGAGUGAGACUGAUGAGUUGAAGAAAUUGAAGGAGAGAAGUAGAGCACUAGCUGAUAAACUGUGGAAGGAAAUUGAAGCGGUUGAAGAAGACGUUGGAGGGAAACAGGAUGAAGAAGAAGGUGAAGAGAAAGAGGCUGAAACCAGUGAGGUAGAGAAGGAGAAUAGUGAGGAUGAUGAGAAAGUUGAAGAAAAAGUGGUGGAAUCUGAGGCUGAAGGGGAAGAUGAUCAAGAAGAAGAAGUUGAAGGGAAAGAGACUGAAACCAGGGAGCAAGAAAAGGAGAAAAGUGAGACUGAUGAGGUGGAAUCUGAGGCUCGGGAGGCAGAGAUAGAAAAAAGAACUCCGGCACCACCACGUGGGAAUCAGACAGAGGGAACUCCCAAAGAUGAUCACAAUGAGCCUCGGGUUGAGACGAAUAUAACCUAUGAAACUCCAACACCACCACGUGGGAAUCAGACAGAGGGAACUCCCAAAGAUGAUCACAAUGAGCCUCGGGUUGAGACGAAUAUAACCUAUGAAACUCCAACACCACCACGUGGGAAUCAGACAGAGGGAACUCCCAAAGAUGAUCACAAUGAGCCUCGGGUUGAGACGAAUAUAACCUAUGAAACUCCAACACCACCACGUGGGAAUCAGACAGAGGGAACUCCCAAAGAUGAUCACAAUGAGCCUCGGGUUGAGACGAAUAUAACCUAUGAAACUCCAACACCACCACGUGGGAAUCAGACAGGGGGAACUUCCACACCACCACGUGGUAAGACUAAGGCAAUGGCUGCGAGGAGACUAGUGACAAAGCCUAUGGAGGAAGAACCUGGAAAAGGUGAGAAAGUUGUGGAAAAAGUGGUGGAAUCUGAGGCUCGGGAGGCAGAGAUAGAAAAAGGAACUUCGACACCACCACGUGGGAAUUAG